GUCCUUUGGAGCUGCCCCGAGGUGGGAAAAAGAAUCAGUCGCUCAUUUUUUAUUUUUGGUCUUAACUCGCAUCUUGGUGAUACCACAGGCACAAGAUGUGGCUGUUUAUUGCAAUCCUGUUUCUCCUACAAGCACCCACGAACUCCGAAGAUGCCACCAAGCAGAAAAAGGCUCUAAAUCCUGAGAGUUUCAUGAACGUUAGCCAAAUCAUCUGUCACAGAGGGUACCCCAGUGAGGAGUAUGAUGUCCUGACUCGUGAUGGCUACUACAUCCACCUGAACAGAAUUCCUCAUGGAAGAGAAAAGCCUAAGAACAGAGGGCCCAGGCCAGUUGUGUUUCUCCAGCAUGGGAUACUUGGAGAAGGCAGCCACUGGGUGGAAAAUCUGGCUAACAACAGCCUUGGCUUCAUCCUAGCAGACUCUGGCUACGACGUGUGGCUGGGAAACAGCCGUGGGACGAGCUGGUCCAGGAGACACCAGCACCUUUCAGCUGACCAGGUGGAAUUCUGGGAUUUCAGCUUCCAUGAGAUGGCAAUGUACGACCUCCCGGCCGCCAUCGACUUUGUGCUGCAGAAAACGGGGCAGAAGCAGCUCCACUACGUUGGCUACUCCCAGGGCUGCACAAUUGCGUUUAUUGCGUUUUCAUCCAUGCCCGAACUGGCUCAGAAAGUCAAAAUGUUUUUUGCCCUGGCUCCAGUAGUGGUACCCAAGCACUCCAAAAGUCCAUUAAUAAAGAUGCAGCUCCUCCUGGACAACAAGCUCAAGAUGAUUCCGCUGCUGCUGGGCAGGACGGACGCGUCCCUGCACGUGAGGAAGCUGUGGCGGUUCCUCCCGGAGCUGUGCAGGCACACGCUGCUGCACAAGCCCUGUGCCAACCUCCUCUUCCUGCUCAGUGGCUACAACGAGAAGAACCUCAACACGACACGGCUGGAUGUGUACACAUCCCACUAUCCAGAUGGCACCUCUGUCAAAAACAUCAUCCACUGGGCCCAGGUGAUAAAAUCUGGAGAAUUCAAAGCCUUUGACUAUGGCAGUGAGAACCCAGCCAGGUACCACCAGGACACACCGCCCUCGUACCGCGUGGAGGAGAUGCCGGUGCCCACCGCCGUGUGGUCGGGAGGGCAGGACUGGGCAGCUGACUGGAGGGACGUGCUCCUGCUGCUGCCCCGCAUCAGCCACCUCCUCACCUACACCCACAUCCCCGACUGGAACCACUGGGACUUUGUCUGGGGCCUGGACGCCCCUGGGCGCCUCUACAGCAGCAUCCUGAGGAUGAUGGAGGGGUCUCGGUAGAGGUGCCGGUGGCCUGGCCCCUGUCCCUCAGCUGAGACAGCCCCAGGAGGGGGUGGGACACUCCCUGCUGUCCCCUCCUUCCUGAUGUGCUUGUGGUGAUGGUGCUUUCCACACAUCCCUUGGUGGCUGGGGUCUCUCCUCCUCAAGCACUGGUGGCACAGCACUGGGAGGGCAGCACUGGGGUCAGCGCAGGCACCAGAGCAGGCAGGAGCCACCAGCAAGGGUCCCAACAUGAUAGUGAUGAGCCACGGGGACAUGGGGACCCUGCCAUGACCCCACAGUGGCUGCCCAGUGGGUUGUGGAUUAGAGGAGGUGAGAGGGAGCUGGGCCUGUUGGGUCUGGCACGCAAAGGAAUGGAGGGGAUGGGUGAGGCCAAACCCUUCUUGGCAGCAGCAACAGGUGAUGCAACGAGGGGUUCUGGCCCCAGAUUGCAGCCCAGGAGAGUUCAGGUUGGAUGUGGAGAAUCCUUUUUCUCCAAGACAAGUCCCCAGGGAAGUGGAAGGUCUCCAUCUGGGCCCAGCCAGGCACCUGCCUUGUUUGGGCUGGGAUUCCCCAGGAAUGGCUGCUUGGCUCGGCACCAGGACACUGGGAAUCCCUCAUCCCUGGGAGCUGGUGACCCCAAAUGCCCUGGGCUGGGUCACAGGGCCACCAUCCCUCAGGAAGCUGCUGCCAGGCUGAUGUCCUCAGCCCCUCCCACCGUGCUGCUUGCUGCAAACCCGGAGGUGGGGAAAAUCCCUCCAAAAUAAAUACUCAAAGGGGAUGCUUUGACAUCCCCAGCUCUUU